AUGUUUCAAUGUAGUAGACGACCGCCAAUUCUGCAAAGUCAUUUAGGUAUGCACAGCGAUAUUAACAGAAAAGACAAAUGCUUAAAACAGUCGUUACCACUCAAUACACGCAGUAUGUCCAACCGCAAUAUACACGCCAGUUUCGCACGUUACUGUUUUCUACUGUUAAUGUACACGUCGCUCCUGCAACCAAUACCACGACUCGGACGCCUCAUGUUCAUUCUACGUCUGGCCUGGUUCGUCUGGCUCGCAAUAUCAUUUACUGCUGUCGUAUAUGAGUUACUAACGAACCCUUAUGAUAGUGUCGGUUCCAUAGUAGGCAGCGCAUUAUUCAUAUUCAACUUACUAACAAACGUGGUGACCUUCAUAGAGUCAAUAUGUAAGUGCGAGCACUAUCAAGAGCUUUUGCGUCUCGAGCGCGAAGUUGACACUUUAUUGGUAAACAAAAUUGACGUCCAGACGAUAAUUGAGGUGCGCGUUUGGCACAUGGCCUUCUACGUUGUACUCAUACAGAUCAUCUACGAUGUCGUACAACUCGUUAUUGCCUUCACCGGUUAUAAGUCGCCGGUCUUCUAUUACGUCGUAGUAAUAUUAUUCAUCCAACGUGCACGUUAUGCCCAGAUCACAUGCGCGAUUGCGCGUCUAAAUGCACGUUCACUUUGCUUGAUCACGCUGCUGCGUGUGUUGGUAAAAGCGAAUCGUCCAAGGCAUAAAUACUCGAGCGAAGUUUGGCAACCAUAUGCAGUGUGGGAAUUUGAAUAUUUGAAUUUACUGCGUCUCAUACAUGGUCGCCUGUGUGAGUUGCAUCGCUGCGUAAGCAAUUGCUUCAGUUGGUCCAUAGUCAUUUUGCUCUUUAGCACAUUCUUCACAACGGUUUCCAAUCUAUUUUGGUGCAUUGAAAUCAUAAGAACUAAUUUUCAAUUCGGCCAAUUCGCUUAUGAUGCUCUAACCAUAUUGAGGCUAGACACUUUAGCUGCCGUGUUACUGUUUACAGCUGAGCAGGCAAAGAAGCAUAAUAUGCUCCUCGGCGGGCUCUUCCUCAAUUUGGCGAAACCACUGGGCAACAAGACAUACAAUGAUCUCGUUUCCAAGUUCUCACUACAAUGUCUACAGCAAGGAUUCAUGAUAAAUGUGAAAGGAUUUUUCUCUUUGAAUUUAUCGUUACUGGGUGAUCUGAUCGUUUUAUCAAGUACAUAUCUGGUGAUCCUCAUGCAAUUCGAUCUAUAUCAAGGAAGUAAUACAAAAGUAAAUGUAAUUUAUAAUUCAAUGGCUAACGAAGAAUCCAUGAAAACCGAAAAAUUCCCAACCAUUAAUUGA